AUGACCUCAGAAGCUAAGAAAAGGAAAAAUCAAAAGAAGAAGCUCAGGUUGAAGCAGAAGAAGGCAGCUGAAAAACAGGCUCUUAGCGCAAAAGAGCAAGAGGAAGAGCAAGAGGAAAAGCAAGAGGAAAAGCAAGAGGAAAAGCAAGAGGAAAAGCAAGAGGAAGAGCAAGAGGAAGAGCAAGAGGAAGAGCAAGAGGAAGAGCAAGAGGAAGACAAAGAGGAAGACAAAGAGGAAGAGCAAGAGCAAGAACAACGUAGUGGUGCACACCAAAAUUCACCGGCCAUUGACAUCGAAAGUGAAAAAAACAUUUCAGGAGGAGUGAAUGAGUCUUUAAAUACUAGUGUCAAGGAAGACUACUCAGCUCAAUCAUUAAGUCACCUACGGGUAGUUUCAAAUGAAGAUGAACAUAUCAAAAGUAGCGCUAAUAAUGAGGAACCACAAAGACCAAUCCAAGGACUUGAAAGGGGGCAGAAUGAAUCGCUUAUACAAGCUGAUGGACAACACCGAGCUAUACAGGGAGACGAAGUGAUACGAGCAGUUCAAAAAACAGCCGCUGUUCAGGAAGAACACGCGAUUGCAACGGCUGAUAAUUUUACCAAAGAAACACAAAAUGCGCACAAUGAGUAUACUGCGAGAAAUGUGCUGACGGGUGAAGAUGAGACACAUACCCAUCUAGAUGAGCCAUAUGCAGAGGAGCCAUAUACAGAGGAACCAGAUACAGAGGAAUCAGUUGCGCAAGAAGCAGUUGCACGAAACGAAUUAGCCGAAAAAGAAGCAGGUUCAAAGGAUCGGUUGCCCCAGACGCUACCCGAAGAGCCUACUUUACGCCAUGCUGAAGCGUCGGAAGCCGCGGGUGUAACAGAUCAGGAAAUUGAACAGAGCUUGGAUGUCACCAAUCAACAUGCAUAUUUGUCCAACCACUCGCAACAACCAACCGAGAUAAAUGGGAAUCUGGAAGAAAGUCAGCAGCAGACAAACUAUCCAGAAAUACAUGUUUGCGAAGAAGCGGAUGUAAAUAAGGCGAAGGAUCGUGAUAUUUUCAGUGCAGAUAGUCUAACGUUCCCAGCUGAGGUGGAUCAACAGAGUAGUAUCACUUCAAUGAAUCUCCCUGUAACUAAUCUUAUAGAGAAUGAUAUAUCUUCAAGUGUACCAUUCAAUAGCAGUACCUCAAAAAAAGAAGGAAACACAGAAGCUGUCCAUAAAGACAAUGAGAACAGUCUGCAUUCUUCUGAAAGCAUGCCUGAGAAUGAUAUAGCCGAAAAUGAUGUAUCACUGUUUAUUAAAUCAGUCCCGGAUGCUCUGGGAAUUUCUAUACUCAGAAAUGCAGGAACAGCAUCGUCUGGAACCGAACAGAUGGAAGUAGACAGGACUGAUCACAUGUUAAAAGAAUCUGUCUCUUCAUCUAUCCCUGUCCCAGAAAAUGCACAGGCCAGCGAGAAUUCAAACCAAUACAGGGAAAAGGUUGCUGCUCUUGAAUGCGAAGGCGAUUUACUUCUCCAAAAAAAAAAUCCAAGUAAGUAUGAGCUCAACUUACGUACACCAGGAGCUGAUAACAAUCAAGCAUGGGCAACUUUGGAUUCCGAUAUCUUCUCUGCACAAGUUGGAGUAAUUACAGAUAAAUUAGAUAUAUCUCAGACUAGCAAAAGUAUCGGAGGUGAAGUGAAGACACUUCCAAAAAAGACUUUCGACCAUAACAAUCUUAAUGAGGCUGAAUAUUCCAACGAUACAAUAGGGGAUACAAUCGAGAUUCCCAUGAAAAAAGAACAAUUCACUGCUCACAGUGAUGACAAAACCGAAACACUGACAAAUGACUCACAUACUUGGCCAGAAAUAGACCACGGUCAUAAUACCGCCGCCAGUUUGUUUCUCGAUGAGGAUGCUGAUGUUGACGAAAAAAUGCCUUGGGAAGAGUCAAAAAAAGUAGAGCCACCAAAAAGGUCAGAGAACGACUCAAUUGCAGACGCAGAGUCAGUAAUCUCCCUUUUUCACACAGACUUGCAACCAAACUCCACCAUUUCUAAUGCCGACAUAAUGCCUUGGGAGACUGUGAAUAAUCCGCAGCCGGAUGAAAAGGAACAGCCUAAACGGGCACAGCUUGAAGGGGAGUCUGCAGUAUCAUCCCAAGAUGGUGAUCCUUUUCCAGACACAUUUAAUGAGAAUGAGCAAGUUGUGAGUUCGACGAAUGCUAACCAUCCAACAGAAAAAGAAUCUCAGGUUCAUAACGUGACAGGCGAUUUUGAUGAUCUAUUUAGCCAACAUCAAGAGGAAGGCGCUAGUAAAAUGCCUUGGGAAAUUGAUACAUCAGUCAGAAGAGGGGAGAAUCCAUCAACUGAAAGAAGGGAUCCCGAAAUUAAGAAGUUUUCCUUUUUGGAUGAAGAUGAGGAUAUCCUUGAUGACAACAUUUCCGAAGUGGACAGCUUUCUCCAGUCUGACGAAGAAGACUUGCCCUCAUCAAAUCUUGACAUUACAGUAGAAAGCGGAAGAGAUUCCUCAUCGCCAGUUGCACAUUCGUUGAGCUCGCAUUCUUCGUUUAAUCAUAGUGAUAAUACUAAGGCUGCCAACAGACCUCCUUCCUCUUCCGUUUCCUCGAAUGGACGUGUUAAUAGGUACGCACCCGCAAAUGUACCAGCAAAUGAAUCUCAGUCACUGAGGCCAAGCUUUAAUGAUUAUGCGAGAAGUGGCUUACCUAAUUCAAAUCGAGCGUUGGCUGUUGGAAUUGUACCGCCUCAGCCCAUUCAAACAAUUAUCACUGGUCAAGUAGUAGAUGUUGUUGCUAAACAAGAGAUUGUUCAAAAAUUUAGCGAGGCUAAAAAAAAAUCGGAUGCUUACGACUUCCCAAUGGAUCUUGUUCCGAAGAAGAAUAAGUUCGUUCAUGCCAAACCUGUCGGCGUUCCAGCUCCUUUCAAUAGUAAUUCCUCGUUGUAUUUGGGUUCGGAUGCACCCUCGAGAAACUCAAUGCCACUAAGGGAAAGGAAACCAUCCGAAGGUCGUUCUAACAUGCCCGCUCCAUUAAAUCCUUAUGGAAAGUUGGCUCCUAGGCAGGAAAAACCUUCUCAAAGUAAGCUGACACCACCACAAGACAUCAUUAAGCCCAAAGUGACUUUUCCAACGUCAAAUAAAGUGGAUACGCAUGCCAACGCAGCAAGAGGUGUACGUGCUAAUCAUUUCCCACCUGUUAUGCGUUCUAGAGGAACCAGUAACGUAUCAGCAGCCAGCGGAUCAUCAACAGGAUCAGGAACACCAGUAGCUGCCAUGCCUUUUCUUCCGCAAGGCCCUUCAAAUAUAUCACAAGUGUCCUCAGUAAACAAGAAAAGCUCUGUUGGCAAAUAUGCUCCUUCCUCUCCAACAACGAGUACGUUUAAUCCAUAUCUUCCAAUUAGACGUCCGUCAGGUAACUCUAUGCAGCCAAUUGUUCAGCCUCCCGCCGGUCACGCAGCAUAUCAAGCUAAAGAAGAUCAAGAACUUCCUUUGAACUUACAUGUUCCCACCAACGGACUUAUCUCUAACGUAAUCUCGCCGACGUCUGCUUCUUCAACGAGAAGGUAUCAUGCUAGAUCCAACUCCAGCGUGUAUACUCCAAAUCAAAACGAGCAUACUGCAAAAUAUGCACCUACUGUACAUCCCCAGUAUCAAAACGCACCACCUGUUCAUACGCAUUCGACUUUUCGAAAAAGUACAGAACACACCAAUAUUCCAAUGGGUGCUGUCCCCUCACACUGGGACACAUCUUUCUCAAAAAGGGCAAAUGUUGCGGUUGCUGACCUGCCAGUGGAUAACCAGGCCUUACUACAUCGGCAGUUCCCUAUUUUUAGCUGGGGUUCAGGUGGAAAACUAAUGUAUGGCCUUCCAAUAGAAAGUAAUCAAUCUUCAUUUAUUAUGGGGUCUGGUCCGGCAUUGCCGACAAUUAAAAUCGUGAAUGCAGAUAGCGUCGUGACACGAGAGCUCUUCCUACAAUCGUUUCCAGGACCUUUAGUCAAGAAUAAAACAAAAAAGAAAGAUGUUGAAAAAUGGUUACAGAGUGUAUUGGAAGACUCUUCUGGAGAUGAUUCAUCUCUAGUGAGGAUUGCUGCUGACAUUCUGAAAAUAAAAGUCGCUGAUUCCGGUACCUGGAGUGACAUUUCGAGAUCACUUUACAAUAGUGAUGAGUUAUUUGUCUAUCUUUCGCAGCCAUUCGCAGUACCAGAACACCUGCCUGUUGCCCACAAGCUGGAUUCAAGCAAUCAAAUGAAGGUUUUAGCACAUUUACAGACCGGUGGGCAGGAUGAAGCUCUGAAACUGGCACUGCAAAAUAAUGACUACGCAAUAGCGCUGCUCAUAGGAAGUCUAAUGGGUAAAGAGAGGUGGUCGGAAGUUGUUCAAUAUUAUUUAACGGAGGAAUUCAAAAUCGAAUCCGAUGUAUCCGAUUUCUCAUCCAACUUGCUUUCACUCAUAUUUCAAGUUUUUGUUGGUAACUCCAAAGAAGCCAUAAGGGAGUUUUCUCAGGUCCCGAUCAAAAAGCAAUGGGCUUUAAAUAACUGGAAAGUCAUUAUAUCUGCUGUUUUGAAUAACAUCAAUCCUAAUACUGACAGUUCUCCAUCGUCGAUCAACCAAGCACCACCGGUAAUUCUUGAAUUUCUGAUCGAAUUUGGAUUAUUUCUUGCCAAAUUUGGUUGUGGGACGCAAGCUUCUAUUGUCUUCAUGAUUGCAAAUUUACCACUCUCCUCGUCACCCCUGGACAAUACCUCAAUUACUUUUGAGAGUGUUGGAAGUCCAAAUUCUGUUAAUGGUAGAAUUUUAUCCGAAGUCUAUGAAUUUGCAUGCUCAAAUGAUGCAAAAGGAUUUCCUGUAUUAUUACUGCAAAAGUUGCAGCAAGCGUUUUAUUAUCAAGAAUUGGGAAUGACUUCAAAUGCUACCAAAUACGCGGAUUAUCUUGGUACUAUUGUUAAAGGUCUUCCAAAAAAGGGAUCAAACACUAUAAAUUUCGCUCAUUCUUUGGCUGAGUUAUCUAGUCAAAUUACAGGCUCAUCCACAGGUUGGCUUGGAAAGCCCAAGCUGAGUAGUGUAUGGGGACAGUUGGACAAAUCGUUCAAUAAAUACAUUGGAGGAGACGAUGAUGUAAUUGUAAAGGACCCUUCUGAAAAGAGGGUCUUCGAGGGAUUUACUCCUGUUUCAUCCAGGAACUCAUCAGCGGUUGAUGUAUCCCAGUAUCAAUUCACUCCAUACCACAAUGCAACUCAGAACCCACUAUAUAAUGGCAGAGAAACAGCAGCAUCGACUGCAAACUCGAAUCCUACUUUCAGUACUUCAAUGCAGAGUCCAAUUAAUUACCCUACACCUAUGAUAGCUAAUUUGAACAGAAAACUAUCUGCUAAUGGAAUUCCAGCGGAAAAUAGUAGUUAUUCUAUCCCUCCUAAAAUCAGUCAAAGUUUGCAAGGAUCCCCACAUCGAUCACCUUACGCUCCUUUGCAGUCUGCUGCUCCUUUGCAGUCUACUGUUUCAGAGCACUCUCAAAAGUUUUCACAAUUGAGAAAAGUUCAAACGGAGCAGGGAAGCGAAAACUCUACUAAUGAAACGUUCAUUGGAUCUUCCGCACUUGGAAUAUACCAAACACGAAAGCAUCAAACCAAUGCUGGCGAUCUCGCGUACCAUCCACAUCAACCUCCAGUAGACGUAGAGCCGCAAGGUCUUUCGCGCUCAUAUGCCCAUUAUAGUUCGACACCAAAUCUGUUGAGACAAGAAUCUUCCUCUUCUAUGGAUGUACCUCCACCACCCAGAAUAAAGAGUAAAUCAAGGCAGGCUUCUCCCGAUCUGCAACGUGUAGCGCCAGUGUCAUCGGCCAGAAUUCCGCAAACUUUAGUAGAAUCAACUAGACUUAGAUCUGCUGUUGAGAUUGCAAGGACGCAAAAGAAAAAUGAUGGUGAUUACGAAGGCGAAACUGCACUUGACACUCAAAAUUCCAAAACAGAACACGAAUUUAAUAAAGAGUGGACUUCCAUGGAAGAUAUCAAUGGGAUUAUAUCAAGUGGACACAGUGGCGAAGUUAAUCCUCCCGAAGAUUUACAAGAAGUACUUAAUGAGGAUAGUGACAUAUCUUUGGAAGAAGUUAAUUCAACAGUUUUGCAUACGGAUCCUCAAGAAUCAGAUAUAGAGCAAUCAACCAUAACGCACUCGAUUACGGAAAGCAAAAUUGAUAUCUCUCAACGACUCCCAACCAGCAAUGCGGUCUCUCACAAAGAAUUCGAUGAAGCAUCAUCCGCUCGGAAUAUAUCUCACUCUAUGAUUUCGCUGGAUAACGAAAGCUCUGCUAAUGCAUUGCCCAAACAUGAUGAUAAAUAUCAAAGCGAGAGUGGUGAUUCCAGCAGAAUUCCGUUGCUUGACAAGCCAAAAAAUCCAUAUGCUCUUCCAUCAAGGAUAAACAAUACUUCUCCGAGUAAAACAUCUUAUAUUCCUCCCCAACGUGGCACAGCUGAUCAGCUUGAAAGUAAAAAUCACAACGGAGACAUUUUCUCAAUUACAAAGUCUGAACCAGAUGUUUCUGCGAAUAUUGCCACUAGAUUUGAUCCAAUCAAGCCACCAGUUGCUUUAUCAGCGGAGGCCUUUGUUCCAGUGAUCAAGGUGCCGACGGAGAGAUCGUUCACUCCAAGGGUCCAGUCGCCUGAAAUUCAGUACGAUGACGUCAUAGAAGAUGAAUCUGAAGACGAAGAGGAAAUAGAAGAGAAACGAAAGAGAGAAGAGGUGGAAAGGAGAAAAGUAGAAGAGGAAGAAAAACAAGAGAAAGAGAAAACUAAACUGAAGAAGGACGAUGAAGCUGCAAAUAGUGGUUGGUUUAGCUGGCUCAAAAAAGAUGCAAACGAGAAAAAGCCAAUCAAGGCAAAAUUGGGCCAUAAAAAGAGCACAUUUCACUACGAUGAAAAAUUAAAACGGUGGGUCAACGGGAACGCGUCAGAAGAAGAAAAAGACAAGCUGACAAGCCCACCACCACCUCCUCCUAUUGUUAAACGUAUGGAUCAUGGACCUAAAACAAAACCUCGAUCUGUGCGCGACUUGUCGAGUCCAAAUGAAUCAAUGGGACCGGUAUUACCUAGGAAUCCACUUACUGGAGAAACUAUGUCUUCUACUUCUUCACAAUCCCAAUCGCGCUCAUCUCACGACUUGCCAGCUCCGUUGUCUCCAGCACCGCCAUCAAACAUUAACCUGUCGGGAAAGAAAGCUAACGGCCUUGACGAUUUGCUGACUUUGAGUAGCGGUGGUACUGCAUCCAGACGAAAGAAAAGAGGUGGCAGAGGAUAUGUUAAUGUCAUGGAAAACAAAUGA